AUGAAAACCCAAUCAGCGCUAUCUGUCCUGCGGCGGGCACUGCUCUAUGUUCCCUCGAGUAGUGAGAAGAUGCUGGCCAAGUCUCUCCAAACAACCUGUGACAACAUCACCUACGACCUCGAGGACUCGGUCACUCUGGGAGAAAAGGACUCCGCCCGCCAACGCCUCGCUCACCACCUCGGCGGCCUUCGGCAGCGACCACCGGGCGUCGGUGAGCUAGCUGUGCGCAUCAACGCCGUCUCCACGGGCUUGGUAGCCCACGACCUCGCCGCCAUCAAGAAGUUCCCUGUACUCGAUGCUGUGGUCGUGCCUAAAGUCAACAGCGCCAGUGAACUCAAGCUUGUAGCUGAUCACCUCCGCUACGCCUCGCGGUCCGAGUCGGCGCCGCGGCCCAGGUUGAUCGCCCUCAUAGAGUCCGCUCGGGCAGUCAUGGAUUUGCGUGAGAUAUGCAAUGCCACUUCCGACCUGGACGGCCUGAUCUUUGCCGCCGAGGACUUCGCCCUAGACCUGUCCCUCACUCGGACGCCCAGCUUAACCGAAUUCCUCUUUGCCAGGAGCGCCAUAGUCACCGCCGCCAGGGCCUUCAAUAUCCCCAGUACAAUCGACAUGGUCUGCACGGCAUACAAGGGCCCCGACGCCGAGUCGACAAUCAGGGCCGAGUGCCGUAAUGGUAAGCAGAUGGGAUUUAACGGAAAGCAAUGCAUCCACCCUAGCCAAAUAAGUACCGUCCAGACUAUGUUCGGGCCAUCUGAGGAGGAAGUCGAAUGGGCGAUACGUGUCGUUAUUGCCGACGCGCGGGCUUCUGCUAAAGGGCGAGGUGCUUGGACUUUGGACAGUAAGAUGAUCGAUGCGCCUGUAAUCGGCAAGGCCGCUGCCAUUGUGGUAGCAGCAGAGAAGAGCGGUUUCGAUAUGGCGGCCGUGAGAAACAAAUGGCAACACCAACAGCCUGAGUAG